AUGUUUUCGUCUUCCGGCGGCGGCAAGAAGGCUCCCCAGGAGAUGGUGCAAGUCGAUAGGUCAGACUCUGCCUCGCCCUUCUGGAGGGCCCCUCCUCGAGACGCCCCGCCCCCGAAGAAGACACGCGACUCCAGUUUAGUUGUCGGGGCCGCAUACUCUCAUGCUGACGCCCUUACUCUUGACUCCUUGUGCGCCGUUUACCUGACCUUCCUCUACUUCCCCCUAUUUACUUACACAGGCCUCAGGAAUCUGUCCAGUUCCGGAUCUCGACCACGAACCCCGCCUUCUGCCCCCGGGCACGAACGAACCGGUUCGAUAAUCUCCCCCUCACGAAAGCCGAGCUCCAAAGGGAACGUACCGCCGUUCAAGACGUACAUGAAUUUCUUAUCCAACACCAAUGAUGAUUGGACCGUGGACGAUGGCGAUGAUAUGUACGAGUAUGAAUCGGAUGAUGGGGACGACUUCGGUCUCCCGAGUCUGUCGAAUAUGAAGAGGAGGACAAAGCGGAAAGCUGAGCAAAGCAAGGCGCAAACUGAAAAUGGGCUUGAGGAGAUGGAUGAUGGUCCCUCGUUACCACGGCGGAGGAACUCGGAUAGUGCUGAUAUUGCGAUCGAGAGGCCGACAUCAACAUACCCCAUGCCAAAAAAGAGUGAGGGCAAGAUCCUACGACCACAGUACAAGGAAAUACUCCGCGACCCCGCGAAUGCCCUUCACUUGAUCAACUAUCCGUCACCACCGCCUAAUGCCAGCGUCAAAGAAACCGAUGCAAUCAACUCGCGCGUAACAAGGAUAAACAAGUUUAAACGCCUCCUCCAAGCCUCAACAAUAUCACUGUCUGAGCUCCGUGCGCUUGCUUGGUCCGGUGUGCCGGAAGAGGUUCGUGCCAUGACCUGGCAGCUCCUCCUCAGCUAUCUGCCCACAAGUAGCGAAAGGAGGGUGGCCACGCUUGAAAGGAAACGAAAGGAGUACCUCGACGGCGUCCGCCAGGCGUUUGACAAAGGUGGCAGCAGCAGCACUGGCGCCAACACCAACGCCAACGGCACUCCUAACCCCCCAGCCCGGGGCGGCCGCGGGCUAGAUGAGGCCAUCUGGCACCAGAUCAGCAUCGAUGUCCCACGCACCAACCCCCAUAUCGAGCUGUACAGCUACGAAGCGACUCAGCGCUCGCUCGAACGCAUCCUCUACGUCUGGGCCGUCCGGCACCCGGCCAGUGGCUACGUACAAGGCAUCAACGACCUCGUUUCGCCAUUCUGGCAGGUCUUUCUCGGCACUUAUAUCACCGACCCAAACAUUGAGCGGGGAAUGGAUCCCGGGCAGUUACCAAGGGCGGUGCUGGAUGCGGUCGAGGCCGACUCGUUCUGGUGCCUAACCAAACUAUUGGACGGGAUCCAAGAUCACUACAUUGUCGCCCAGCCGGGCAUCCAGCGUCAAGUGUCGGCGCUACGCGACCUCACCGCCCGCAUCGACGCCGGCCUCGCGAAGCACCUGGAGAAAGAGAACGUCGAGUUUAUUCAGUUCAGUUUCCGCUGGAUGAAUUGCCUGCUUAUGCGAGAAAUUAGUGUGAAGAACACAAUUCGAAUGUGGGAUACGUAUAUGGCCGAGGAACAAGGAUUCUCCGAAUUCCACCUUUACGUUUGCGCCGCUUUCCUCGUAAAGUGGUCUGACAAGCUGGUCAAAAUGGAUUUUCAAGAGAUCAUGAUGUUCCUCCAAUCGUUGCCCACCCGGGACUGGACCGAGAAGGAUAUUGAACUCCUUCUCAGUGAGGCCUACAUUUGGCAGAGUCUGUUCAAGGGCUCAUCAGCUCAUCUUCGAGGGGCGGAGGCUGGAGGGAGGACGCCGAAUGCGAAUUUCCAGCUGUGA